CCCGUAACGCCCAGGUAUUAAAGCAUUUGGUUUGGCAAUUGUGCUGACUAGUGCACCAGUAAGGCUGCCACAGGACAGGUAUAGGUGGUGCAGUCGUGAAAGCGAAAAUCUCCAAUAAUCAUGGUGCGUUCCCUGAUACUCGUUACGUUAGGUCUGUGUUGCCUGUUGGCACGUGCCGAAAGACCACCGUUUAAGAGUGGUGGCCUUUAUGAGGAUGAACCGCAGCUAGCUGCAAGUGAACAUAGUGCUGUGGGCGAUGAUAUCGCCGUAGUUCCGACGGUGGAUGUAGAUGAACGGUAUCGUUUACCGCAAACAUCCGUUCCGAUCCAUUACGAGCUUCAUCUGCGUACGGAAAUCCAUCGCAACGAGCGUACGUUCGAUGGGUCUGUCGGCAUUCAGCUGCAGGUACUGGAGGCGACGGACGUGCUGGUGUUGCAUAACCGCGGUUUAGUGAUCGCGUCGGCUAAGAUUUCUUCCCUGCCGAAUGGUGUAACUGGACCACCGUCGCUAAUCGGUGACGUCGAGUACAGCACGGAUACCACCUUCGAGAAGCUUACGUUUACGAGUCCUGCCAUCCUACAACCGGGCUUCUAUCUGCUAGAGGUCACGUUUGAAGGACGGCUCGCCACCAACGAUGAUGGGUUCUAUGUGUCCUCUUAUGUGGCGGAUAAUGGCGAAAGGAGGUAUUUAGCAACGACACAGUUUGAAUCAACCAGUGCCCGCAUGGCAUUCCCCUGUUACGAUGAACCAGGCCUGAAGGCAACGUUUACCGUGUCGAUCACACAUAGCCCAACCUAUUCGGCGAUUUCGAACAUGCCUCCAGCUAGUACUACCAGUCUGGAUGAUAUGCGUACCACGACGUUCCAAAGGACACCCCUCAUGUCGACGUACCUGUUGGCGUUCGUUGUCUCCGACUUCCAGUUCCGCACCAGCGGUUCGCAACGUGUCUACGUUCGCCCGAAUGCCUUCCAGGAGGCAACGUUCGCUCUGGAAGCGGGUGUGAAGAUACUGGAAGCGCUGGACAAUCAUCUUGGCAUCCCGUACAGCAUGUACAUGCCGAAGCUGUACCAAAUUGCAGUGCCCGACUUUGCUGCCGGUGCGAUGGAAAAUUGGGGCUUGGUGACGUACAGAGAGCAAGCGUUAUUGUUCAACCCGGCCGUUUCGACUUAUCGCACCAAGACGAACGUUGCGACCACGAUUGCGCACGAGCUAGCUCAUCAGUGGUUCGGUGAUCUGGUGACCCCCGAAUGGUGGGAAUACAUCUGGCUUAAUGAAGGUUUUGCCACACUUUACGAGUUCUAUGCGACGCAUCUUGCCUACCCGGAGCAGGAGUAUUGGGAGAUGUUCAACACGCAGGUCAUUCAGGCUGCAAUGGUUCCGGAUGGGCAGGAAUCAACCCGUCCGAUGAACUACAAUGCGAAUACACCGGGUCAAAUAUCGGCUCUAUUCGAUCGUGUCGCUUAUCCGAAAUCUGGCAGUGUGUUGAACAUGAUGCGGCACGUACUUGGGGAGGAAAACUGGAAGGCUGGUCUGAACACCUAUCUUAACGAUCGUGCGUUGAAGAGUGCGGUAGACGAGCAGCUCUAUGCGGGACUGCAGAGUGCGAUCGAUGGCAAGGGAGUACUGCCGGACGGUGUUACCGUCGCACAGAUUAUGCGCACCUGGACCAAUGAGGCAGGCUAUCCAGUGCUGACGGUACGCCGUUCGUACGACACGGGUGAUGUGAUCAUCUCGCAGGAACGGUUCUACUCCGAUCGUAAAGUACCGAACGCCAACAUCUGGAUGAUCCCGUACAACUAUGUGCAACAGGCUCGGGCUGAUUUUAACGAGUUCGAUGACUUCGAGUGGUUGGCUACCAAGGCGGCCCGCUUUGAAACUACUGUGCCCGCAAACGAGUGGAUCAUUUUCAACAAGCAGCAGGUUGGCUACUAUCGCGUCAACUAUGAUGAUCGUAACUGGGAGCUUAUUACCAACUCACUGGUAGAGAACUGGGCUUCCGUGCAUCGGUUGAACCGUGCGCAACUUAUCGAUGAUGCGUACUGGCUGGCACGAUCCGGCCGACUCGAUAUGCGUGUCGCUUUGCGCCUGAUGACGUACCUGCGCGAUGAGCGUGAGUACGCACCGUGGACGGCAGCAAACGUUGCGCUGUCCUACUUCAACAACCGGCUGCGCGGUACGACCGGGUAUCCAGAUUUCCUCGUGUUCGUGGAUGCGCUGAUCGAGAACGUUUACGGUAUGUUAACGAUCGAUGCUGUAUUGCCGGACGAUACGCUUCUGCACAAGUAUCUCGUGCAGACGAUCUCUACCUGGGCUUGCACGAUUGGAAACACCGACUGUCUGGAGAGGACGGCCGCACUACUAACGGCGGAAGCAACAAGCAAUGGAGAGACGGCUGUACAUCCGGACAUUGCCACCGUGACCUAUUGCUACGGUAUGCGACAGGCUGGUGUGACUGAGUACCAGUAUCUGUACGGUAAAAUGAUGAGUUCUAAAAAUCUUGCCGAACGUACGAUGUUGAUCGAUGCGCUGGGAUGUUCGUACAACAAGGAGUAUCUGACGUCCUUCCUAACGACUGCCCUCGGCAGCGGUACCGGUGUAGAGAUUAACUACCGUGCGGACGAACGUCGUCGUGUGGUACAGGCGGUCUACUCAGGCAGCCGUAUCGGUGUGGAUGCACUGAUCGAGUUCCUGAUGGAUCCUCUCAUGGUGAAUGAGUUUGUCAGCGUACUGUCUACGUCCACACUCAACUCGGCCCUUUCCGCCAUUGCUUCGCGUACGAAUAAUGAUGAGGAAAUGAACAAGUUGGAUGCCCUCAUCACCGCACUAGGUACCAGGGUCAGUACUACGACGGCAACCAACCUACGCAACUCCGCCCAAACGAACUUGGACUGGGCCAACGGAUUCGAGGGUUUGAUGUUGUCCAACUUCUUGACUGAGUUUGUGGCGGAGAUCCAAACUACCACGACCGAAGGUCCGGUAACGACUACAACUGCUAGCCCGAUAUCUACUACCACGGGACAAGUUACGACUACUGCACCGGCACCUGCCACUACUACUGGGCCGGCACCUGCCACUACUACUGCUACUGGGGCACCCACCACUGUAACGACCACCACGGUACAAACGACGACCGAAGAUGACGGUGGAGCAGCAACGAUUGGUCUCUCGAUAGCGGCACUGUUAGUCUCGAUCACGAUUCAUCUGUUGGGAUAAUCACCCGCCCCCCCGCGGGGUGACUCAUCUGAUGAUGGUCGGUGGAAGGAAGGGGGCUAUUGUGUUUUUUUGUUUUGUUUCCACAAAAAACAUCCAGGAAUCAGUGACACAUUACAAAAGCUCCGGCAACGCGAUGAUUAGUGUACGAUUAUUGAUAUGAUAUCAAAAAAAAAGGGGUAGAAUAAAACCGAAUAUAAUAUCAAUA